AUGAGCUCCAUCCUCUCAAUACCACCACCUUCCACCCGCUUCUCCCCUCCCGGGAUGCCAAGAGCCAAAAAGUCAUCAGACAAGACAGAUCUCCUCGGAGCCCUUGGUAAGCACAGAGAUGAGAAAUUCGGAGGCGGCGGAACACCCCGCGAAUGCACACAAGCAACCCACGCAAAGGUGUGUAGCACAGAUGUUUCUGUAACUGUGAUGCAUUUGGAGGCGUCCCAGCGUGCGGUGGCCCUCGACACUCACACCUCCACCUUCCGGUGGAGGCUGGCGGGCAGGUUUGGGUCCAGGCGGGUGACGAGACACCAGACACCCCAGUGCAUUCGCUCGAAUGUCACCUUUGGGGACUCUUGUGGGCCAAACAGCACUUACAUGAGGCUCAGCCCGCAGCCGGCUGUGCUCCCCCUCGGAUUCCAGUGGGUCUGCGAGUGGCGGCUACAACUGCCCCGGCAGCCACGGCCACAGACAAGGGAGCUAGAGAAAAAUGAUCAAGCCUGCACGUGGAGCCGGGAUAUGGGCAUCCGGGACCAGGGGCUUGGACAUGGAUGGACGGCCCGGUGGUGUGAGCAGCCAGGAUGGAGCUGGGGAGGCAAAGAGACGGAAGGAGGCAGCAGGAUGCCAGCGGGAAGCUCCCCCCUGACACUCAGAAAGAAGGUGCGGCUUCUCCCCUACUCCAGCAGCAGGCCGGCUCCCACCCUGCGAGUGCACAGAGCCGUGAACCGGGCACAGGCCGCAGGCAGCGGGGCAGCAGCCGUGCAAGCACCUGAUUCGCCCGGUACUUACAGGCGGUUUCUGAGUGAGGGCUCAGUUGCUCAGACGUAUCCGACUCUCUGCGACCCCACGGACGGUACCCCGCAGGCUCCCCUGUCCAUGGGCUGCCCCAGGCCCGAGUGCUGGCGUGCUGCGUCCCACGGCCCCCUGCCCAUUGCCCUUGCACGUGCUGAGUGCUGGCAGUAA